AUGCUCAUAUUCUUACCACUGUUCUUCACUCCCCUUCCUACCGCCAGGUGCCACGGCCCCCGCCCGCCUCCCAACCCUCCUUUCUCCCUUGAACCACCCAAGAAGAAGAAGAAAGGGAAGAAGGAGGGCGAGGAGGAGGAGGGGCAGGGGAAGCCAGGGUCGCCGUGCCCCCCAUGUGUGGUGCCGGUGGUGCGCGAGUGCAGAGGGCGGCAUGAGGGUCAAGAGUGUGAGGGUCGCCGUGCCCGCCAUGUGUGGUCCGGUGGUGCGCGAAUGCAGAGGGAGACACCAGGGGCAGGAGUGCGAGGUAAGUCUCCACUGGGAAGGGAGAGUGGGGAAGCAGAUGAAGCAGAGGAGCGGCAGGGAAAGCCUGGGUCGCCGUGCCCCGCGUGUGUGGUGCCGGUGGUGCGGGAGUGCCAAGGAAGACACCAGGGGCAGGAGUGCGAGGUAAGGCCCCUGGGGUUGUGUGGUGUGGGUGCCUGGAAAGGUGAGACCCCUGGGUGUGAGGUGAGACCCCUGGGUGUGAGACCCCUGGGUGUGAGGGUUUGUCAGUUUGGUACAAGGGGUAGCAGGGUGGAUGAGGAGGGGCAGGGGAAGCCGGGGACGUGUUGUCCCCGGUGUGUGGUGCCGGUAGUGCGAGAAUGUGGAGGAAGGCACCAGGGGCAGGAAUGUGAGCUCCCCUGCUCACACGACCCUGCCUUCUCGUGCGAGCUACCCUGCGCCCAGGGACCCUCCAUGCGCGCAUCCCUGCCCGGAGCCGUGCCAUCCGGGCAGCUGCCCGCCGUGCAAAAACCCUUUGAGGAAACGGUGCUACUGUGGUAUCAUGACCCAUGCGAUCGAGUGCGGCCAAUGGGGCGCUGCCACGGAGGCGGAGAGAGUCAAGAUGGUUUCCUGCACGGGGCCCUGCCACAAGAAGCUGCCGUUCUUCAUCCCGACCCCUGCCCCAAGCCAACGCAGUGCCGCAUGAAGGUGGGGUGUGCGUGCAUACGUGUGUGCGUGCAGACGUGUGUGCGUGCAGACGUGUGUGCGUGCAGACGUGUGUGCGUGCAGACGUGUGUGCGUGCAGACGUGUGUGCGUGCAGACGUCUCCCGUCCCAAGCCAACGCAAUGCCGCAAGAAGGUGGGCUGUGCGUGUCCGUGCUUGCAUUGCAUGUCACGGUGCGCUGUGCAUGCCUGCGACUCAAGAAAGAGUGGCUCUGCUCCCACGUGCAAACCGGCACUGCCAAAGCUGCUGCCAACGGUGCCAGCAACCCCACCACUGGACCUUUGUUCUAUGCCGCCCCUCCCCUUCCAUCUCUACCCGUCACGGUGCGCUGUGCAUGCCUGCGCCUCAAGAAAGAGUGGCUGUGCUCCCAAGUGCAAUCCGCCACUGCCAAGGCCGCUGCCAACGGUGCAAGCAACCCCUCCAGCAGCAUAGACUGCAGCACCAAUGCCAGCAGCAGUGGCGGGGGCGGUGGUGGUGGGAGACUGCGGGAGUCAAUGGUGGGGGUAGGGCUGAUACCAUGUGACGACGAGUGCCGGCGCAUUCAGGAGGAGGAGAGGAAGAGGCGGGAGGCGGAGGAGAAAAGAGAGGCAGAGAGGAAGGCAGCCGCAGCAGCAGAGGCUGAGAGGCUUCGACUCGAAGCAGAAGCAGCUGUGAGUGUUGAUAAUCUUGUCUUGUGUGUUUGA